CAAAUCAAAAACAAUAAACAAGAUUAGUAACAACAAACAAUCGAUGUAUGUUAUACGUUCAUUUUGGUUCUGUUGUGACUGCGCGCUUCUAGUCGAUUCCUUUUUUGUAGACUACUUUUGUAUCGAAGUAGAAUGAGCUCGUACGUGGAAAACUCUUUUUGUAACCAAACCCACGAUGCACCCUCCUUUAGCAUGCGCACUUUUGCUAACUAUGGGGCUGUCUCUGAGUUUCAGCAGUCCACUUAUUCUUACGGGGGGCUCGAUCUCAGUGGAGCGUUAGCUUCUCAAGUCGUGUCCGAGUCCCCGAAACGGGAGGCGAUGAAUAAACACAACAGUGCCAGGAUCAACGCGCCACCACAUCGCCAGGCUUGCGCAGCAAUGGGUUCCCCAAGUCGUGUCAGUACACGCGGGUACAACCUGCUCAGUCAAGGACUGUUGAGCCAAAAAUCAGAGAUGAUUAUGGAAGUUACGGAAAAACCCAGCGGCAAAAGCCAGCCCGGUGAUGUGGAGAUCGCGCCAACGAUUAAACAACAAACUAACUCGAGUGAUCUCCAGACCCAGUCGCAACCGCAGAUAUACCCGUGGAUGACCAAGCUACACAUUAGCCACGAAUCUGACGGUAAAAGGUCACGAACCAGUUACACCCGCUACCAGACUCUGGAGUUGGAGAAAGAGUUCCAUUUCAACCGAUACCUCACACGUCGCAGGCGAAUCGAGAUCGCCAAUAACCUCUGCCUGAACGAGCGACAAAUUAAAAUUUGGUUCCAGAACCGUCGCAUGAAGUGGAAGAAGGACUCAAAGCUGAAAGUUAAAGGUGCACUAUAAUGAAAAGAUGAUAUAGCAAAUAUACCUGCAAACAAGAUGAAACAAAAGUUCAUUGACAUAAAUGUUUCAGAGUCCAUGCUGUUCAAAGCUGACAAUUAUAAAUUAUAACGUAGAGAUCACAGUUUUAAUUUAAUGUAAGUAUGUAACGUAUGUCCUCACAACUUGUUCGGCUGACGACACACUGACAACGAGGAGGAGCUUAUUUGGGUCACACCCAUCCAGAACUUACAGACGGUUAACACGUGAACGUGCAAUUAUAAUUAUUUAAAGAGAUCUCUCAUGGUUUUACGUAGUUAAAUAUUAUUUACUUUGACUUAUGUAAUUUAUGUUUAUAUGUCUGAUAGGAUAUGUCUGUUUAUAGGAUGUGUCUGUAGUUCUGAUCUGCACGCAACAAAAUGUCAUAUUACUUAUUGUAUGUUUGAAAAACACCUUAGAUAGACAUGCUUUCUGUACCUGGUGUGAGUAAUUUAAAUUUACUGCUGAAAGAAAAGACUUGGAAUGUUUUUUAAUACUAAAGUAGACUAUACUGUUUCAAAGUUGUAUUAGCAUAAAUAUGAAGCAAUUCAGUAACAGAAAUUUGCCCAGUGCAAUGCUAAAUACUCAGAGUUCUAAUCUACAUCUUAAUCUUCAUCUUUUUCAAAAUCAACCUUCAAAAUCUUACCUAUGGUAUAUGUGCAAUGCAUAAAAAAAUCAAAUGUGGUUGGUGCGGCCUAAUAACUUAAAUAAAGUUAUUACCAGAUA